UCACAGUGGAUUAUGACCAUUUCGGAAGUGUUUUUCUGCGAUAAUAAAUAGGGACGUCUCUGCGCAGCCUAUCGGAUUCCGGGAUGCAAUACGCAUCCAAAUGAAAAGAACGCCAGUCCUUUCACUAAUCCUUGUCUAUCCUUUUUAUCUCGGGACUCAUAGCAGUCGGAUCACUAUGGGACAGCGAAGCGGUGGGACAAAGCCAUGCGGAUGAUAUUCCUGUAAAUGAGAGAAAAAGGCAAGUCUGUUUGACUUUAGUGGGCGCAAACUGGGCGCAUGUAGGCACGUUGCGUAUGCGUAAAAGUGGGCCAAAAUGUUCCUCGUCCUGCUCCUGGGGCUCUACGUGGCCACAGGUGAACUCGUCUCCACGGUGAGCUCUUGCCCGUCACAAUGCAGCUGUUUUUACCACAACCUGAGUGAUGGAUCAAAGGCCAGGAGUGUGAUUUGCAAUGAUCCCGAGAUAUCUCUUGUGCCUGUCGGGUUCCCUGUUGACACGUCCAAACUGCGGAUUGAGAAGACAGCCAUCCAGCAGAUACCAAGCGAAGCCUUCAACUACCUCUCCAGUCUGGAAUUCCUGUGGAUGUCCUUCAACACGCUGUCCGCCUUGAACUCGGACAGUUUCCGGGGACUAUUCAACCUUGAAGAGCUUCGUUUGGACGGGAAUGCCCUCACCGCCUUUCCCUGGGAAUCCCUCAUGGAUAUGCCCAGCCUCAGACUUCUCGACUUGCACAACAACCAGCUCACCUCGCUGCCAGCGGAGGCAACCACUUACAUUAAAAACCUCACCUACCUGGAUCUGUCCAGCAACAGCCUGCUGACCCUGCCGGCAGAAGUGCUGUCCACCUGGCUGGCGGCAAAACCUGCGCAAGGCCCAGAGAGCUCCAAAAUGAUACUUGGUCUCCAUGACAACCCCUGGGUGUGUGACUGUCGGCUGUAUGACCUGGUCCAGUUCCAGAAGUUUCCAACUCUUUCUGUGGCAUUCAUUGACACAAGGCUUCGGUGUUCAGCUCCGGAGAGUGUAUCGGGGGUGUUGUUCAGUGAUGCAGAGUUGCGGCGCUGUCAGCUCCCACGAAUCCACACAGCUGUGGCACGAGUCCGGAGUGCUGUUGGGAACAAUGUGCUUCUCCGCUGUGGGACCAUUGGAGUCCCCAUCCCAGACCUGACGUGGCGCAGGGCGGAUGGACGAGUCCUUAAUGGAACAGUCCAGCAGGAAACCUCAAAGGAGGGUAUCACCUGGUCUAUCCUCAGUGUCCCGGCUGUGUCCUAUCGUGAUUCGGGGAAAUACAUCUGCAAGGCCAAUAACUAUGCGGGAAACGCUGAAGCUGUCAUUUCUCUCGUUGUCUCUAACUCACCAAAACCGGAGGGGAACCAAACCAGCAAUGACAAGAAGGCUAAAGUCAAGAAGCCCAACCAGAUGGGUAAAGCUGCUUACCAGGAGAAACUGGUGGCCAGGUAUGUGGCUCCAACCUCCAGUCCUUCAUCCAUGCCUGCCCUGGACCCAGGUCUUUCCCUUGGUCUUGGUUCUGAUCCUGGACUAGCCAGUUAUAGCCUGGCUGACAGAGCCACUCCAGGGCCUGCCACCUCCUCCAAUCCAGAUGCGUUACUGGAUCUAGAGAAGACUAAUCUAAGCAACCUGGCAGCCAACACCUCAUCACUGCAGCAGGACCCAGACAGGGUGGUUCGCUCAGUAAAGGUGGUGGGGGACACAGACAAUACAAUUUCUCUGAACUGGAGAGCCCCUAAGGCCAAGAACACAACAGCAUUUAGCGUGCUGUAUGCUGUGUUUGGAGAGAGGGACAUGAGGAAGAUCAAUGUCGGAGCAGGGCAGAACCGCAUAACCAUCGAAGGGCUGGUUCCCAGGACCAAGUACAUUGCCUGUGUGUGUGUGAGGGGGCUGAUCCCCAAGAAGGAGCAGUGUGUCAUAUUUUCCACCGACGAGGCGGCCAGUGCCACAGGCACCCAGAAGCUGAUCAAUGUGAUUGUGAUCACAGUGGCCUGUAUCAUCGCGGUACCGCUCACUGUCAUCGUGUGCUGUGGGGCGCUGAAGAGACGCAUUCAGAAGUACUGGGGAAAAAAAUCCAAGGACAUUCAAGAUUCAUAUGUGACCUUUGAAACUCUAUCACCGGGCACAAAGGCCAAAGGGCUCGAGGGGGAAUAUUUGAACAGACUGAACCCAGAGGAGUCCAACAGGCUGCUGUCAGCCCGCUCCAGCCUGGACUCUGAGGCCACAGCUAAGAUAGAGGGACAGCCUAAUGAGUACUUCUGCUGACAUCAUGCUCCAGCUCCGGCUCCUGCUCCACGUCACCUCCCUCACACUUAUCCAUAUCCGCGUCCCAGUCUGAACCCCAAUAGCUAUUCACAUCCCCGUCACCACACACAUCCCCAUGACCACCCACAUCCAUAUCCCCAUCACUACCCGUACUCUCACUCUCAACAACAUCCUGACGUCAGUCCCCCUCCCACGCGCUCUCGGACGCCCACGCCAUGGGAUUCCCCCCCACCUGUCCCUCCUCGCUGGAUCAUGCCGCCAACUCCACCGCCACAGAGAGCCAACUUCUAUCAGAGGACUUUUGCACGCUGCACUAUAAUGGAAAUAUCAGUUUAGAGAGUAUUUACCAUUUUAAUUACCUUUAUUUUCCAUGCAUAUGUAGAAUAUAUCAUGUUUUUUGAAGAUAGUGUGAAACUCACUGGACUGUUACGUGUAUCCAUACAUUAAUAGUAAGAAAACAUUCAAAUAUAUUCAUGCUUUUAUGUCUAAAAGAAUGUUUUUUUAUCACUAAGCCUGUAAGAGAAAAAUAUGUCAAAAACUGAAAGAGCCUAACAGUCAUCAUAAUUUAUCUUUCAUCUCAUUAGCAUGGCCCAGCGAAGAAACCUCUGCAACCUGAUCUGACUUAAAGGGAACUCAGUGGUUGAUACUGUUUAUAUCCUAUAUGUAUGUGUAUGAUUUGUAUAUACUUACUAGAUGAUGUACACUUACAUAUACAGUUAAGUCUGUGCCUCUGUAUAUAUCUGUCAUAUGUUCUCAGAGAAGAUAUACACACAGGCAUGGCCCGACACGCUGGCGAAUGGAGAAAAGCUGGAGCUGGAGAGAAGUACAGAAAGGACUGAACUAUGACACUUUGUAAAUAUGCUGGAAAUUAUGCAAAAUGGAAUGUUAAAUGAUUUCUAUUCCCAGCAAUGAGACACAUACUGAAAUAGCUCAAUGUACCUGUUUUGUGCCACCUAGAGGCAUCAUUACCCCAUUAAA